AUGUGCCAGGUGGUCGAAGCCCUCGUCGUUUGCUGCAGCGAGCAGUGCGUCGCCGAGCCGAGCGAGAACCGCCUGCCUCCUCUCCGCCUCACGCCGAAACCUGAACCGGGCUUCCUUCUCUGCGAGCAGGCAAACAAGAUGGGCUAUCAAAACGACGGUCGUUUCCUCGGAACACCCAUCAUAAUCACCUGCCCCGUCAUGUGCUCCGACCUUGCUCAUCCUUCCUACAAACAUUGGCUCUGGCUGACCUGUACUGCCUCUCGCGAGGUCAUGGAGAGUCGAGCAGAGCGUCUCGUUCUAUGCAAAGAUUGCCUCGCCACUGGUCACGCUGAGACCGUUUCGGUUCACGGUGGCUACGACAGCAGCACCCUUUUUGGACAUGAACGCAUUCGGAUGAGUGAGGGCACGCAGCGUAUUGAAGGUGAUUGGACCUGCUGCGCCGCUGGCGAGUGCGUCAAUGACAUAUGCGACUACCGCGCGGCUGCCAUUCUGUUCAGCAUUUCUACGCAAGCGCCGAAUGCCGAGAGUGUCAUGUCCGAUUUUCAGGAGGGUGGGUAUCAGGAUAUGAGUGAGCAUGAGACUGAGCAUGAGGACGAAGCCACGAUUGUGGUCCGCGGUCACUGCGGCGGCUGCAUCAGUUGCGGAUUUGGUCAACAGUCAAAUAAUUGA